UGCAUUAGUGUUCGACACAUUUACGGAGGGAGCAUAUUUCGGCCCCGAAGAAAUCUUACGAGCGAGCUCAUACCGGGAGCUUUGGUCAUUUCGUGAUAUCGUUCGUGUUUGUUGCUAGUCUGAGGUCCGUAUUUGAAUUACAAAUUUACAAUCCUCUUUGCUCUCUGACUGCGUUUUUCUUGGUGUUUUCACGCCUUUUCCUUGCAUCUCGUUUCAAAAUAUUCGUGAAAAGUGGCCAUUUAGGUUCAGUAUCUUCAGUAGUUCUUGUGAAUUGGUCUGGGGUUGAGCUCACUUUCGCAUUGUAUUCAUUCCUUUUCUAGGUUCUAUUUGACGAAUGAUAUUAUCUUAUAUCUUAUCGGAAACUUGUCUCUGGCUUCAAAUCUGCAAUAGAGUUUUAUGAUCUUGAUAUUUCUGUUACUGAAAAUUACAACAUACCCCAUUGCAUUGCAGACUACUUUUGUUCGUUUGGCGAAUUUUCACCUUUUCUCAUCACAAAGUAAUAUCUUUUGAAUAUUCAGUUUUCUGGGCAUUUGUGUGAAAGAGACGCGAUGUCUCUGGUUUUGUAGAUCUCAAAUUAAGCCAUUUGUUCAGGCAAACAUUCUAUAAUUAGACCACAAUAUGUCUUCAGCUCAAGACCCUUUUUAUAUUGUGAAGGAGGAUAUCCAACAAUCUAUUGACAAGCUGCUGUCUUCAUUUCAUCAAUGGGAGCGCAUUCCUUCUAGCAGUGGAGAGUAUCAACAUCUCAUGAAGGAGCUUCUUGCUACAUGCCAGAGCAUUACAUGGCAGGUAGAUGAGCUGGACAAGACAAUUACAGUUGCCUCAAAGCAUCCUGCUUGGUAUGGUAUUAAUGAGACGGAGCUUGACAAACGAAGAAGAUGGACAAAUGGUGCAAGGACUCAGGUGGGGAAGGUGAAAAAAGUGGUAGUAGUUGGACAAGAGUCAACUGGAUUGAGCGUUAUGGAGAUGAGAAGAGAGCUGAUGGCGCUUCCAAAUUCACAUCAGACUGAUAAACGGGAAAGGAGCACUAACCCAAACAGUGAUGAUUUUGUAUCUGCGGAAUCUGAUAGACAGUUACUCCUCAUUAAGCAGCAGGAUGAUGAGCUGGAUGAGCUUAGCGCUAGUGUAAAAAGAAUUGGAGGUGUUGGGCUUACUAUACAUGAUGAGCUUCUCUCACAGGAGAAGCUUAUUGAUGAACUGGGUGUAGAGCUGGACAGUACAUCCACUCGUCUUGAUUUUGUUCAGAAAAGGGUUGCUAUGGUUAUGAAGAAGGCCACUCUCAAGGGUCAGAUUAUGAUGAUUUUAUUCUUGAUCGGAAUCUUCAUUAUUUUGUUUGUUCUUGUUUUCCUAACCUAGUUGAGAGGCAGUAAGCCCAAUGUUUUGUAAAUAAAAUUUCGGGCAUCUAUUUUAUUCAUUAAUUUCAAAUGAUCUCGAUUUGUAAUGAUGGACGAGGCACACUAUUGUAGUAUCGUGGAUGAUUUAUUGGUCACCCAAAAUCAAUGAUCUACAUAGUUUUUUGACCUAUGGUACUACAACCUUACAAGUUACAAUAUGUGAUUGGAGUUCAG